UGCGCCAGCGCUAUUUCUUCCAAAGCUUCAAGUGACGUGGCCUCAAUGACGGCACGAGUUGUGCUGUUAACGUGAAACAGUGUCGUUUUGUUUCAUUUAUAAAACCAUGUUACAAUUAUGAAAACUUGAUAACAGGCGUUGCUUUGAAUUAUUUCAAUAACGUAAUUGAGAACUUAGGAGUAUCAUCGAUACGCUCAGCAAGAUGACCACCUAUGAGGAUUUCAUUCAGCAAAAUGAAGACCGUGAUGGAGUACGUUUUACCUGGAACAUUUGGCCUUCAUCCCGCAUUGAUGCCACUAGAUUACUUGUGCCACUGGGUACAUUAUAUCAGCCCAUCAAAGAAAGACCAGAUCUUCCUCCUAUACAAUAUGAUCCAGUUAUGUGUACAAGGUCUACUUGCAGAGCAAUCUUGAAUCCAUUGUGCCAGGUGGAUUAUCGUGCUAAGUUAUGGGUGUGCAAUCUGUGUUUUCAAAGGAAUCCUUUUCCUCCACAAUAUGCUGCUAUUUCAGAGCAGCACCAACCUGCCGAACUCAUUCCGAUAUUUUCUACAAUUGAAUAUACUAUAAUGAGAGCACAAUGUUUGCCACCUAUUUUCUUAUUGGUUGUGGAUACAUGCAUGGAUGAGGAGGAAUUGGGUUCUCUUAAAGAUUCUCUUCAAAUGUCCCUCUCUUUGCUUCCACCCAAUGCGUUGAUUGGUCUUAUCACUUUUGGCAGAAUGGUUCAAGUUCAUGAACUUGGUUGUGAAGGAUGCAGUAAAAGUUAUGUUUUCCGCGGCACUAAAGACCUACAGCCAAAACAGGUUCAGGAUAUGUUAGGCAUAGGCCGACCAGUACCAGGCCAAAAUCUGAAUCAACAGAGGGGACCAGGCGGACAGCCUCUUCCACCGGCAAAUCGUUUUUUGCAGCCUGUACAUAAAUGUGACAUGAGUUUAACAGACCUCUUAGGAGAAUUACAACGUGAUCCUUGGCCUGUAGGUCCAGGAAAACGUCCGUUAAGAUCUACCGGUGUUGCACUGGCUGUUGCUACUGGUCUUUUAGAAGCUAGUUAUGCCAAUACCGGAGCUAGGAUAAUGUUAUUUGUUGGUGGUCCUUGUUCUCAAGGACCUGGUCAGGUUGUAACAGAUGACUUGAGGCAGCCAAUUAGAUCACAUCACGACAUUCAAAAGGAUAAUGCUAAGCAUAUGAAGAAGGCAACAAAGCAUUAUGAUGGCCUUGCGUCACGGGCUGCAACCAAUGGACAUAUCAUAGACAUCUACUCCUGUGCUCUUGAUCAAACUGGGUUGCUAGAAAUGAGACAAUGUUGCAAUUCAACCGGUGGACACAUGGUCAUGGGAGAUUCGUUCAAUUCUUCCUUGUUCAAACAAACGUUCCAGCGUGUAUUCGCUAAAGAUAGUAAAGGAGACUUAAAGAUGGCAUUUAAUGCGACAUUAGAAGUUAAAACUUCUCGGGAAAUUAAAGUUUCUGGAGCAAUCGGCCCUUGCGUUUCUCUGGGUGUAAAAGGAGCGAGUGUAGGAGAGCAAGAAGUAGGAUUAGGUGGCACAUGUCAAUGGAAAUUCUGUUCCCUUACACCGUCCACAACUACAUCGUUAUUUUUUGAAGUUGUAAAUCAACAUACCGGGCCGAUUCCACAAGGUGGAAGAGGCUGCAUACAAUUUAUUACCCAAUAUCAACACAGCAGUGGUCAACGAAGAAUUAGAGUCACCACAAUUGCUAGAAAUUGGGCAGAUGCAUCGACAUCUUUGCAUCACAUAAGUGCCGGAUUUGAUCAAGAAGCAGCUGCUGUCCUCAUGUCGCGUCUAGCAGUUUUUAGGGCAGAAAGCGAUGACGGACAAGAUGUUUUGAGAUGGGUUGAUCGUAUGCUCAUUAGACUAUGUCAGAAAUUUGGCGAAUACGCUAAAGAUGAUCCAAAUAGCUUUAGGCUUGCAGAAAACUUUUCGUUGUAUCCUCAGUUUAUGUAUCAUCUUCGUAGGUCACAGUUCAUUCAAGUAUUUAAUAAUUCCCCCGAUGAAACCAGCUUCUACAGACACAUGCUUAUGAGAGAAGACUUAACAAAUUCUUUGAUAAUGGUACAACCAAUCUUGUACAGUUACGGAUUCAGUGGCCCUCCAGAACCAGUUUUGUUAGACACUUCAUCGAUUCAACCUGAUAGGAUCUUAUUAAUGGACACUUUCUUCCAAAUACUUAUAUUCCACGGCGAAACGAUCGCGCAGUGGCGUCAACUAAAAUAUCAAGAUCUACCAGAAUAUGAAAACUUCCGGCAACUCUUAGCAGCACCUGUUGAUGAUGCAGCAGAAAUAUUAGCUGGAAGAUUCCCUGCACCUAGAUAUAUCGAUACUGAACAAGGUGGUUCACAAGCGAGGUUCUUACUAAGCAAAGUGAAUCCCAGUCAAACCCACAAUAAUAUGUAUGCCUAUGGAGCCGGGAUGCCGAUACCCAAUGGGGAAAGCGGAGCGCCUGUUUUAACUGACGACGUCAGUUUGCAAGUAUUCAUGGAACAUUUGAAGAAGCUGGCCGUCUCAUCAACAGCUUAAAUUGCAAAUACAAAAGACAAGUGUUAUCUCACCGUUUUGUUUAAACAAAAUUUAAAAGCAUUUUCGUGCUUUACGGUGAGAUACUCAGUUGCAAUCUAUCGAUAAGGAUACUGUAGGUGCGGUACGAAUUUAUAUAUACAGAAGAGCAAUUACGCGGUUAUAAUGGAGGUACGUGAUUAAUAAAAAAAUAAGAUGUAAUUCCUCAACGACUAUUUUUUUCCAAAAGUCGAGGUACGACUCAUGUACAAAUAAAGUACAUAGUAUUAAUGUAAUACAUAUUUUAAAUAUCCCGUGUCGUCGGUUUUUAAAAAUGUCUCAAUCUGUAGACUAAUUUAUUUUCCAAUGGUACACCACGAACAAUGUAACAAGGCAUAUAAACAAACUGUGUAUUAGGCAUUGUAAACUGUAGGUUACCAAGACUUGUAAUAAUUACCGAAUUUAUAUACUAUAAAUUAUAACAACGAUACCCAAAUAUAUAACUUUUUUUAUUAAUAAAAAUUAUACCCAUUUUCAUAGAAAUAUGAAAUCUAAAUGCAUCAAUGAUUAUUACAGAU